AUGGGGACCCAGGCUGUGCUGUCACUGGACGGGCUUCUGCAUGUCUUCUCUUUCCUGGAAGCGCCGGACCUGCUCCGCGCGGCCCAGGUGGACAAGGUCUGGAAUGAAGCUGCUGAGUCUGCCUUCCUGUGGAGGAGGCUAAGCCUGAGCCGAUGGACUUUCUGCAAUGUAUCUCGAGUAAGUGAAGGAGUACAGACAUGGAAGCAAUACUACCUCCAUCGUUCUCAACUGGAGCACCAGAUGGCACGUGGACGAGCGCAAGAUUUUACUUGCAAAGCCAUUUCAGGGCAUGAAGGAAAAAUAAAUGGAGUGGCUUACCUUUCUGCCAAUGAACACACAUUUGAUGGGCAGGAGAAGUCAGUGGUGUGCACUGUGUCAACUGACUGUACUCUUUGUGCCUGGAACGUACAAGAGGGCACUGAGAUCUGGUCCAGCUCUCUUCAGCCGGCAUCACUGAUGAACCUGUUGACUAUCCCUGAACAUCAGCUGAUCAUCACCACGGAUGAGCAUGGGACUGUCAAAGUGUGGGAUGGACAGACUGGAAAGGAGCAGUUCACCUUCACCACAUCCUCUACCUGGUGUAAUAUGGUGCUCUGUGGAACGCCGGAUAAGCCCUUCUUGGUAGUAGCCCUUAGAGAAGGUGUGAUUUUUACCUUAACAAUUCCAUGCUUGACAGAGGUGUCCCGAAUUACUGCAUUCCAAGAUUGUAAUAUGGAUUUGCUUCAGUGCUCACCUGACAAGAACUGGAUUUUAGUUGGCUCCUCAGACACUCCAGAUAUUUCGGCAAAGGUAUUUCACAUAGACUCCUUGACCAACUCAUCUGAAGAUAAGCCUCUUUUUAUUUCCCUGCCUAUUGGGGAAUGUCAGGAUGUCAGUUGGGCACCCAAAGAGGCAGCCAGGUUAAUAGUGCUGCAUGAAGAUAGAAGAACCAGACAAUUGUCUAUCACCACUUUUGAUAUGUCAUUGAAACCAUGCAGGAAUAAAGUGGAAAUUCUGGCACAACAGGUGGCAAAUUUCAUAGUGCCAGAGUUCAGUAGGAGGCCUCAUAUCCUGGAAAGCCAUGGUGCCGACAUCAUUCUUCUAGGAUGUGGAUCAGAGCUAAUCAUCUUUUCACUGACUGGCAGCCUGUUGGCAUCCUUUCAAGACCAUCACCAGUCAAUCACAUCUAUAUGGGUGGACCGUUUCCGUGUUAUCACCUCCUCCUGGGACAUCUCUCUACGAGUAUACACAUGGAAAAGGGAAAAGAACACCGUUGUUCUGAAGAGCUGCUAUCACUUACUGGGGGGAUCUCACAUGUGGUCCUGUGGACUCGGAGAAGUGGCAUGUGACAACAUAAGCAUCGUGGCUGUGGAGUCCAAAAAAAACGGCAAAAGUCUUUUAAGGACAUAUUCCUUUAAUCUCUAACAUAUGUAAGAUGAUAAUGGUUAUAAAUAAUGUUGUCUCUCCGUUCUGCCUUUAGAAAAGAACAUUAAAAAUUAUAAAACUUUUGACCAA